AUGAGGGUCGAAAUCUCCUAUCUAUCCCUCGAAGGGUACAUCUGCCGUCUUCUUCUCUGGAUUCCUUCGGAGCUGACAGGGGCAGGUAUAACCUUCGUGCGCAAUGACGCCAAGCAAUUCAAAUUCUGCAGAUCAAAAUGCCACAAGAACUUCAAGAUGAAGCGCAACCCAAGGAAGCUGAAGUGGACCAAGGCGUUUCGUAAAUCUGUUGGCAAGGAAAUGACCGUCGACACCACCCUUCAAUUUGCUGCUCGCCGCAACAUCCCUGUUCGCUACGAUCGCAACCUUGUGUCUGCAACGCUCAAGGCUAUGCAACGAGUCUCGGAGAUCCGGGCAAGGAGGGAGAGAGUCUUCUUCAAGAACCGCAUGGCUGGUAAUAAAGAGAGGGUGAGGGCUAGGAACAGGAAGUUGGUGGCUGAGAACGAACAUCUAUUGCCACGGCAAAGAGCAAGCGAGACAAUGGCUGCAGAGAUGGAAGAGCCGUUGGAAGUCGAGGCGAUGGAGGUUCCGGUGCAAAAGGUGAAAGAGAAGAAGAAGGUGAAGCAGAGGAUGAAGGUUGGGGGUGGCAUGGAGGACAAUAUGGAUGUAGACUGA